GGCACUACGGUUCCCAGCCCGCCCAGGGCUCCUCGCUUCUUCUCUUUCCUUGGGUUCCUUCCAGUCUUCCUACGCUAACAGGAGAAAAUAAUGGCAUUAUCGAGGGAAUCACGCCCUAGAAGAAUUCUCUAAAGUUCCUGGAAACCUACGUAAGGUGGAGGGCGGACACAAUUUCCAGCUGAACUGAACGGAAGGAAACCGGAAGUGCCUUCGAGGCGCGGCAGUUUUGAUACCUAAAUGUAGCUUGGAGCCGGGAGAUGGAUCGGUACGUGCUGCUGGCGAUCUGGGGAGAAGGAAAGUUUCCAUCAGCGGUCGGCGAGGAGGCAGAGCAUGGGCCAGAGGUGUCGAGGGGUGGCUGUACCGAGAAGCCGCCGGACUUCAUGGCCACAAAUGUUUAUCACCUCCUAAAAAGAAGCAUCAGUGCCUCCAUCAGCCCGUGUGACAGCACCUUCCCUGCCUGUUCAGUGGGUGGCGUUCCUGGCUCCAAGAAGUGGUUCUUUGCGGUGCAGGCGAUAUCCGGCUUCUACCAGUUUUGUAGCUCUGAUUGGCAAGAGAUACAUUUUGAUGCAGAAAAAGAUAAGAUUGAAGACAUUCUCCAAACCAAUGCUGAAGAAUGCGCAAGUGCUGCUGAGUGCUUUGAAGAGGAGGAUGGGAACAGCAGAGAGUCCCUGUCCUUGGCUGAGCUGUAUGAAGAAUCUGCAGAGAAUUUGCAUCAGUUAGCAGACAAGCUUCCAGCUCCUGGUAGAGCAAUGACAGACGUAAUACUGCUGCCCUCUGACAAAGACCCUCCGAAGCUGAAAGACUGUUUGCCUGCCGUCGGAGCCCUGAAACAUCUGAGAGAAUGGCACUCGGCAAAGAUCACUAUAGCUGGAGAUCACUGUGAGACAAACUGUCAGAAGAUUGCAGAAUACCUUUCUGCUAAUGUUGUAUAUUUAGAAGAGCUCAGAAAUGUGAUUGACGCAAAGGAAUUAUGGAGGGGAAAGAUUCAGAUAUGGGAAAGAAAGUUUGGAUUUGAAGUCAGUUUUCCUGCAUUUUGUUUAAAGGGAGUCACACCUGAUAUUUUUAGUACAUCUUAUUUGAAUACUUGCUUUCGUGCCAAAAAGAUAACACCACCAAAGGAUAAAGAUAUUUUGCCAAAGGUUUUCCAUUACUACGGCCCUGCCCUGCAGUUUGUGCAGAUGAUAGACCUAUCAGAUCUACCCUCCUGCUACCUGUCAGACGCCGAAUUCGAGCUAGGACUGUCAGAAAGCAACAGCAGGCAGAACUCCGUGCUGCUGCUGGAGCAGAUUUCUUCUCUGUGUGGCAAGGUUGGUGCUCUUUUCACGCUGCCGUGUACAAUUAGCAGCAUACUCAUCCCGCCUCCCAACCAGCUCAGCUCAAGGAGAUGGAAGGAAUACGUUGCCAAGAAGCCGAAGGCGGUGGGUGUGCCUGCAGUGGACGUGAAAGGAGAGCGCGCUGGCUACUGCCUCCUGGUGCACGGCGGCGGGACCGGGGGCAGGUGCAGAGCCACCCUGCUGUACUCAGCUGGCCAGAUCAACGGGGCCUUCGUGCUCGGAUUCAUUCACGGGAAGAUGAAGACCAAGGCAGCGGACUCCCAGCUGCGCUGUCCUUUGGACCUCGGAGCACUUCCACGUUUCUCUGCAGAGCAGGUUGUCCAGAGAGAGGAGCGUUUAGCGACUGCACAGGCGCUGGUGUUGAGAGCCUGCCUGGAAAGGAGAAAGUUGGCAAAGGAGUCUGCGGCAUUUUCUGCUGAGGAGCUCAGAAGCCUGUUAAGACUCACCAGGGAGCGCUUCCUCCGACACUCGGAUGCCCUCAUGCCUAACGUGGUCCUAAGACAGCGAGACAGUGUUAAGCCCUCAGCCUCGUUCACUGCUGCCACUCGAGUAGACCCUGGCUCUUCAAGUCUAAUGGAAAGCAGUUCUUUGGAAUGGCCAGAGAAGUAUGUUCUUCAAAAUUUGGAAACUUUUGAAAAAGCUGGACAAAAAAUGAGAGCCGGCUCGUUUCCUCGGUCCUCAGAGCAGCUGCUGGGCCGUAAGGAGGGCGCCCGAGACAUGGCCCCGCUGCUGGACGCGAAGGAGCUGCUGAGGCACUUCACCUCGGACGGACUGCCUGUGGGGGAUCUGCAACCUCUGCCUGUGCAGAAGGGGGACAAGACUUUUGCUUUGACACCAGAGCUUAGUCCUGGGAAACUCCGCAUCUUACCUUUUGAAAAAGCCUCAGUAUGCCAUUAUCAUGGCAUUGAGUAUUGCUUGGAUGACCGGAAGUCCUUAGAGCGAGAUGGAGGAUUUUCGGAACUGCAGUCUCGUCUUAUUCGGUAUGAAACACAGACGACCUGCACCAGGGACAGCUUCCCUGGGCCCGCGGUGCUGAGCCCAGCCCCGUCACCUGCGGUUCCAGAGCCUGGCAGUGGCCCUGAUGGAGAGGCGCUGCAGAGCGAGCUCCAAACCAGAGCAUCCCGCCUGAAGCGGAGGUCCAGCAACCUGAGCUACCUUCGUUCCCCCAAAAGGCGUCAGAAGUCAGACAGCUCAGGUUCGCUGCUGCCCCAGCCAGGUAGCAGCAGCCGGCGUCACACAGUGACAGCGGGGAAGCCACAGCCUAAGCAGGCAUCGGCCAUGACGCGCCCUUCACUCCCAGUUCCUGGCAGCAAGGCCCCAAAAGUCAUGAAAAAGGCUGGUUCUGGUCAAAACACUGUGCAUGAGUCGGAGCCAUCAAAGCCCACGAAGGAGUCAAGGUCCCAGAAGCACACUCGGAUGCUGAAGGAGGUGGUGGUCGAAUCCCUGAGGAAGCACCGCAUCACGGAGGCUCACGAGUGUUUCCCGGCAUGUAGCCAGCGCCUCUUUGAGGUCUCCAAGUGCUACCUGAAGGAUCUUAAAACUUCCAGGGGUCUCUCUGAAGAGAUGAAGAAAACAGCGAACAACAACGUGGUCCAGGUAAUUGAAUGGGUCUUGGAAAAAACAAGCAGGAAAUGAUCAGAAUCCUUAGGGUUUGGACAAGAACAAGUCUGGAUGUUACUGUUUACUGUUUCAUUCCUUAGCUUGAAAAUUAGAAACAAAUUUCCAAUUUUUUCAGUUAAUAAGUUAAUACUUCUAACAUGUUUGUAAGUAUCCUGUAUUUACAUAGUUUUGGUA